UAUUUAGAAUUACAUGGAACAAGUACCAAUGGAGAUAGGCAGAGUUUAUGAAUAUGCUGAGUUCUGUACGAGGAGAGAUGAGCAUUGGGUGCAGUUUCAGGAGUUGUUAGAGAAAAUACAGCAGGGAACGCUUGAGGAAAUAAUGGACCAUAUUCAUACGCUGUACUACCUAGCUCAGAAGCUCAUUUGGUAUAAAAAUUUGAAACCAAGACCACUCAGGGGAUUAAUAGCUCUAAAAGAUUACGUGGUUCAGGAGACCGAGCAAGAAGAAUUAUUUGUGGAAGUCAUGCAUUUUAUCGCAACUAGAGCACUUGAUAUAAAAGACAUGUUUCCUGAGGACAAAGUUAGGAUUCUCUCAACUCACCAAGAGACAUGAGAGAGCUACACUUCAGUACAAAUCAGUUGAGCUAUUGCUCAUGGAUUUUUCUGAUUAAUUCCGGACCAAGAUAAGAGGCUGAAUUUACCAUUCCCAAUAAAUUUUACAUUGUGGCACUUAGAAGAAAGCCCGAUUGGGCUCGAAAAGUUGAAAUUUUUCUUCAAUUAUUUCAACUCACAGCAUUGAAUGCCUGAAGACGAGAGAUACAUCAGCUUUGAGAGAAAAUGAAUCCCUGAAAUAAUUUACGAUAAUCUUGAAAAUGACAUUUGGGCAAAUUCUGAUACCACCUUGGCAAGUGUCUUCUUCGACGACCAAGGUAAGAUAGAGGAUGAAGAAGGAUCACUGAUGGUCGAUUUUGCAAAUAAGUACAUUGGUGGUGGCUGCAUGAAACUUGGAUGAGUUCAGGAAGAAAUCUUGUUUCUGAUAUAUCCUGAGCUAUUAAUGGCUCUGAUGUUGUGUCCCAAAUUAGAGAAGAAUGAAGCCAUUCACAUCUUUGGAGCAAAGAGAUACAGUAGCUACACAGGAUAUGGAUACAGGACAGAAUAUACCGGCCCGUAUGAAGACAAACAGCCUCUUGAUGCUGACGGAAGGAUUGCAAGGAUCUUUACAGUAAUUGACGCAAUUAAUUUCGGAAGCAUAAGUUAUGAAUACAGUCAGUUCAAUAAAAAAUCUCUGUUAAGAGAACUCAACAAAGCUCUUAUUGGAUUCAGCAGCUUCACAGGUGAACCUGAAGAUGAUAAGCUGGUGGUCAGCACAGGCAACUGGGGAUGUGGAGCCUUUAAUGGAAACUGCGAGCUGAAGUUCAUGAUACAAUGGAUGGCAGCAAGCUUCCAAGGCAGAAAUAUGAAAUAUUUCACAUUUGAUGACGACAAAUGAGAGUUUUUAUCAGAAAUCAUAAAAUCCUGUAAAGGAAAGACUAUUAGAGAGAUGUAUGACAUUCUUCUCAGUCACAGUGCUUAUUUAAAAGCCAACACUAAAAACAAAUUUUCAAAGCCCAAGAAGGAUGCUUUGAGCAAAUAUAUAACAAAAGUCUACUACAAGAGGCCAUUUUAGCUAAAAUCCUAUU